UGGCUUAAUAGAAAUGCAGCACAACUGGCCCCAAGCGGGUGAUAUCUCUGAGCUGGACAUGCCUGCAGCAGCCCCCAGCCAGCACCAGGUGGGUGCUGUGCCCUCUGCAGCUGCUCUGCACCACUGCAGGGUGAGGGCACGGCCUGGCGAGGGGCUGCGGAGAGGCUGGGGGGAGCGGGAUCUCUCUGCCCUGGUGCCCGGGACCAGCCUCGUUAGCCCUCGGAGCAGAGCUGUGCCAUACCACCGUGAAGGGUGGGCAAAAUGGGAUGGGGUCUGCAACUUCCCUGCUGUCUGUGGGGCCAGGGGAGGACAGGAGCUUGGCAGGGACAGCCACCCUGGGUGCUCAGAUGGGUGCAAAGCCACACACCCCCAGACCAGGUGACGUUCCCUCACCCUCCUGCUCACCCCAGCACGGCACUGCCGAGCUCCAGGCUCUCCCCCAAAGCACUUUGCUCCCCCAAACAGCUCGGACACCCCAUUACCUCCUGCCUGGAGCCCCCCGCUCCCCAUUCCCUGCCCCAAACCAGAGCCCCCCGCCUUGGCCGGGGGCCGGUGCAGCCCUUACCUGCUGGGGGGGCCAAGUGGGAGCCAGAGGGUGCGCGAGCCGCCCUGUCUGCCACGGCACCGGGGCGCACUGCGUGCGGUGGGGAAGGUCACCACGGGCCACGUGGGAGGCUGCCUUGUGCAGCGCUCCUGCUCUCACCGCCUCCUCCUGAGGCAGCCGCAGGAGGGGACGUGGGACCCUCCAGCUAUGGGCUGCGGGGCCGUGGCCCCCCGACCUGAGCCCUCAGGGUGGGAAGGGGGCUGGGGAUGGAGGUGGAUGGGGACGCUGGUGGGCUGCACCCUCGGCACGGUGACCCCGUUGAUGCUGCCAUGUGGGAACCCACGGGGAGAGAGGGUGGCCCUGGGGACUCCUGCAAACAGCCCGUGGAGCUGGUGCUGCACGAGGGCUGGGCAUCCCGGUGUGUCCUUGUUCCCAAAACCAUCCCGGCAGCUCGGGGUCCCGACACCCACCCAGGCCCCGCUCAGCUGGCGGGGAAAGUGAGAGGAGGAGCAGCCGAAACAGCCUCCUCCAGCAGUGACAUUUAAGCCACCUUCUCUGUCGCUGUGUUGUGGUUAAACACGGCUGGGUGAAAACACCUUCCCCGGCUUGGCAAAGCGCUGCUCACAGUCAUCUGGGUACCGAGAGCCGGGGACGGCGGCGGGGAAGCACGCGGAGCUGCUGACGUUGGAUGGGCGGCCGGGCCGGGGAAGCAGGGCUCACCGUGGGUGCCUGCCCCGUCACCCCGGUGUGGUCACACAGCCCCGGCCCCGAGGAGCUGAGGGAUGCUCAGCACGGUGCUGAAGGCACCACGGGGCUGGGAGAGAUGCUCGCAGCCAGGACCGCAGAGGAGAGGAGCUGCCUGCCCACCGUGCGAGGUAGGGAUAGCUGCUUGUUUCUGCCCCGCUGCUUUUCACCAGCCUUUUGGUUCCUUCACGGCUUGGUUUUCCUCCUCUCUGGGCAGGAGGGGAGGAAGGGAGCGCUUCAAAUGGGAAGAUGCCAUCGGGGAUUGAAGUGUGGGAAGUGUGCAUGCAUGCUCACGUACGGACACAAACGCAAGGAGGUCUCAGUUCAGCCACAACAAGGUUUUAUAGCUCACACCCGCACAAGGCAGCCCUCCAAAGCUGCUCGUGGCAGUGGUGUGGUGCUCUCCUCGGCAGGUCCCCGAGUGCGCUGGGCUCACCUCCUCGCCUGGUCUCCCCCCAUGAUGUGCCCAGCUGAAUGAAGCACGUGGCAGUGCAGCCGUGUCCUGCUGCCGCCCACAUCCAGCGGUCGGGCACGGGUAAAUGUGGGUAAAUCUCCCCCAGGGCUGUACCCGGACUGCUGGGCUUUGGCCCUACUCAGGUUCGCUUGCUGCCGGCUUGUGGGAUGAUGGAAGAAGGAACGGGAUGACCCUCGACCUGCAGACCUGGCCCUGUGCCCUGUCCCUUCUGCGCUUCAGAGCUGCUCCGUGCACCCGCCCUGCCCCCAGGACCUGCUCGAGGACAUCCAUGGUCAGGCUGGAGACAUGGGGGACCAGCCCUGCCCGCUGGGCAGCAGGGAUCCAAAAAGCCAUCUCCGCAAGGUGCUGAAGGAGCUGUCGCUGCUCAGGCUGCUGAAGCGCACGAACCGCAGGAUCCUGCGGCUGCAUGCCGUGGCCGUGCAGUGCUGGCACUCGCUCGCAGCGCAGAGGCUGCCCGGCCUCCUGCCGGUCCCUCCCAGGAUGUGCCACCUCACACCAAAGCCACAGGAGGUCACGGAGGAGGCCGUCGGCAGCCCGGCAACCAACGCCACCAGCAGCAAGGAUGUGCCCAUGGACCCCGAGACGGGGACCCCGCUGGGGGACCCCCAGCCACUCGCCAAGAACUGGGGGGCUGGCGAGGCCAAGAAGGACAUGCUGGGGACCCUGCCCCAGCGCUUCCACUUGCCAGCCCCCAAAGUGCUCUGCCGGCCGUCGGCCCAGCGCUGGGUCAAACCCUGCUGCACCCGCUCCUGCGGCGAGAGCCUGGAGCAGGUGCUCACCAUCCGCUACCCGCAGUGAGGGCGAGGCACCGCUGCCAUCGGUACGAACCCCAACGUGCAGCGUGCCCUGCUGGCUGAGCGGGGGUCUUUCUGCCUCGGGGACCCCCAUUAAGGCCCAGCUCGUUAGCGAGGUGGCCGUGCUGCUGGCUUUCC